CAACAAUUGCUUAGUUGACCAAAGAAUUGCUCCACCAUGGCCAAUGCUGGAGCAGCCUUUGGGUUGGAGGACGUGCCGGAUUUGCCUGAAGCACCCACGGAACAGCCCAAGUACAACCGGGAUUACCAUCGUCUCUUCGUCAAAUUCAUGAGCUGGCUGCACAAGAGGACAUACACCAAGGCGGCUCGCUUCCAACCUAGUGCUUUGGCCGGCAUCCAACCACACCACGUUGCCGACUACUUGAAAUGCGUGCACAAGAAGGCUAUAUCCUUCUACAUGCCCAUCAAAGGUGCCACGUGGAAUGGAACCUCCGGCAAUCCAACCAAGUCCGAUCCUUUGAACGAAGUGGUCAAGGAAGUCAAGAAAGCGGAGAACUCAACACCGCGGCAAGAGUCCUGUGCCACCAGGGAUUUGACGGAAACUGAGUAUCGCAAGGUGGUCCAUGAACUCUACGGCAAAGGGAGCUUUGAAUCGACUAUCUGUACAGCCUGCAUGUUGAAGCAGCAAGUCCAUCUCAUCACCAGGACGGACGACAUCUCCCAAGUUGAAGUAUUCCGACUACAAGCCGCAUCCAGACUUCCUUUUCGCGCUCAGUUGCAAGGUGCAUUGGCCAAGAAUAUUUCGGAAGAACGACAAUCCCUGACCAAAUCAUUCUUGGGUCGAUGGAUACGACUUUUGUGCUAUGCUCGGAUAUGGCGAAUUACAUGGAGGCGUCCUUCAACUACGGGUAUGGCGCCGCUGGUCGGGAAGAUGCAUUCCUCUUUACUCCCGAAAGCGAUCCUAAGUUGGCUCCCAAGCACUGCAACGCAGCCACCGCAACAUUCUCAAGGCUGUCUUUUUGUCGGCUCCAUUUUCUGGCUGUGGCGCUCCUCAUUGCUGGUGUUCUUGGGAGUCACAGCAUUCGGAAGUUUGCUGCAACUCUGGCAAGAGGAAUGGGUGCUACUGCUGACGAAGUUGACAUUCGAGGUGCUGGAAGGCUCGCUUGUCUGA